AUGGGUGUCCUAGUCUGGUUUGGAAGGUUGACCUGCAUCAGUUGUCCCUGUAAAUGUGUGCAGUUCAGUGGGAUGGACAUUCAGAACAACUGCAAGCCUUUAAAUAAUAAUGACGUUAUCUUUUGUCUUGAUACCCCUGCAAUUUGUAUUCCCUGGAGCAUCUACUGUUGCAAUCAAUAGCCUAAUGGAGCAUCGAAGCCCCACUUUAGUCUAACUGCAUCUCCAGUGCAUGCGCCAACGUCACUAGUGCAAAAUGCAGUCCGCUACUUGUGGACGUCGAUUUCCGAUAUACGUUUGUAUAUGAAUUAUUCUAAACGGGUGUUAUUUAAUGAACAUCUGAGUGGAUGCGAGUUUGUCUUUUUCAUGUUUGGAAUGUGUAAUUAACAAAGACCUUGAGCAAAGUCCAGAACAUACAGUAGACUAUGAGGAGGUAUCACUCCGCACCGCCCUGCGAUUUUAGACUGUAAAGUAGUACCGACCAGUCGGAAACGUCCCACAACUUCUGUCAAAUCUUCACGGCAGAGAAGUGAGGAAACAAACUAUUUAAACUAAAAGUAUAAACGUCUGCAACUCUGGACUCGAUGUUGCACCGUGAAAAUGACGUAGUUUUGGGGAAUUGACCGCUCGCCAAUGACAGGCAUGAGGUGUGUAUCUGCACCCCACCACCGACCUGGCCCUUCUAUUACCACCAACCGCUUCCUUAACAUGCCCAAACAGGUUGGCCUAGCUGAGAGGCGUGCUAACCAUGCCUCUGCUGCCUGUGCUGCCUGAGUCCUGCACACAUGUGCUGGCCGAGUUUGACUGCUUGGAUCCCCUGCUCUCCGCCCUGCGCCUGGACUCCAGCAGGAUCAAGUGUACCUGCGUGGCGGUCUCAAAGAAGUGGUUGGUGCUGGGAACCUCAGCAGGGGGGCUCCACCUUAUCCAGAAGGAUGGCUGGAAGCAACGCUUAAUCCUCACACACAAGGAGGGAUUCAUCACCCAGGUAGCAUGCUGUCCACACGAUGAAGACUUUAUUGCGGUCGCUACAAGUCAGGGCCUGGUUGUGGUGUGGGAGCUGCACCUGGAGCGGCGCGGGCGCCCGGAGCGUGUCUGUACUUCCUGGGAACACCGGGGCCAGGCCGUGACGGCACUGUGCUGGGACACGGCCGUGCUGCGCGUCUUCGCCGGGGACGCCGCCGGGAAGGUGUCCUCGGUCCGUGCCGGAUCCUCCAAGCUGGGCAAGGGCUCGGCGUUCGUCAUCUUUCCCAUCCAGACCAUCACCACCGUGGACUCGAGAGUGGUGCAGCUGGGCUACCAAGACGGCCGUCUGCUGGUGUCCUCACUCAGCCGCUGCUACCUGUGCGACACAGAGAGGGAGAAGUUCUGGAAAGUGGGGAAUAAGGAGCGGGAUGGGGAAUAUGGGGCCUGCUUCUUCCCCCCGCCACGCGGCUCGCCAGUCGGCACGCCGCCCCUCUUGUACUGUGCGCGGCCGGGCUCCCGUGUGUGGGAGGCCAACUUCAGCGGCGAGGUGCUGAGCACGCACCAGUUCAAGCAGCUUCUCGCCUGCCCCCCUAUGCCCCUCAUAUCCUGCAGAUGCGAGCCGCAGUUUCACUCUGCUCCAAGAGGCUCCCAGUCCAUCGCUUUCCCCAAGCUGCUAUAUCUAAGUGAUCAGAACCUGCUGACCUGGACUGAGUCAGCAAUGUACAUCUUCGUGCCUCAGUGCGACCAGGUCCUUCUCUGGACUGAGAUUAAAGACUUGAUCGAGGUUGCGGUUUUCCGGAGUGAGCUUUUCUGUCUCCAUGGCGAUGGACGCCUGUCUCACUUGAGCCUGCUGUCUGCGGAGCGCUGUGUGGAGAGGCUGAUACGCAGGGAGGCCUGGUCCCAGGCCGCUUCUGUCUGCUGCAUGUUCCCGCACGUCAUCGCCUCCUGCAGGGCCCGGAAGUCACUUCCCAUUGACCGCCUGGAGUACCUGCGCACACAGCUCAACCCCAGCACCCAGCAGGACCUUCUCAGCCAACUGGAGGACAUGAUUCCCAAACUGGAGCCCCUGGACUCCGCCUCCAGCAGCCGCAGAAGCAGCAUUUCUUCACAUGAGAGCUUCAAUGUGCUGGACUGCGGUAUCUACAGGGUGAUCAGUCGCAGAGGAAGCCAAUCAGAUGAGGAGACCAGUUCCCUGGUCAGCCAAUCAAUGCUCGAGGAGGAGCGGCUCAAGGAGUUUAGCUUUGUGCAUGAGGAGGAGCCUGUGGAGCCUGCCACCUCCGAUCCCCCGCCCAGCGAGCGCACAGAGCCCGAACGGUCCGAAUCCGGCCUUCAGUUUCACCUACCCCUCUCAUUCCGCCCCAAACCCCCCCGUGUGGCUCUGCAGGCUGUUCGAGACAGUGUUUCCAGCUUUGUAAAGAAGACCUCUGAGAGGAUAAACACCCUGCAGAUGAACUCUGACCUUUGGCCCCGCCCCGAUCAGAGAGAAGCAGGGCAAAAUGACAUCACGGCUGAAAUGGCAUCGUUUCCAGAAGAACUGGACCGCGUAUCUGACGCUGAUCGGCCCAGUUCAGACAGUGAUUGGGAAGAGCUGAGAGGAGCAACUCAGAAAGCAGUAGUCAUCAGGAUCUGUAUGUGUGGUUUAUGGAAUGUGAGACUGCCACAUCCUUGUAUUCUGUUCCUUCGGCACUAUAGUAUUCUGAUUCAAGAUCCGCUUCUUCUCCUGGACCCGACUUGUCUGCGGGAGGUUCUGUGGCAGUGGCUUUCAGUACUGGAACAAAUUCUUGGCCCAGAGGCGAUCCCUGCAGGUGGACAGUGGCUCUCUGAUGUACAUCACUUGGAGGAUGAGGCCCGGGUGCAAGAGCCUCCAGGAUGCCAGAUAGAGGAAAGUACAGUUGAGAUUGGGGAAGUCGAGCCGGAGGAGAAGCUGGUGUCGGUUGAGGAGGGGCAGCAGGUUGGUGCAGAGUCCAAACUGGGGACGACACUGAUGGAAGACACUGAAGUGAAGGCAACCAAACAAGAGCCAGUACGUGUGGGGCCUCCUAUACCCAUACCCUCUGACCUGCAGGCCGAUCUCACACAGCUGGCCUCUCUCUGCCUGGAACUCGGCUGUUUCCAUGGCAAUGCUCUUCGGGAGCGAGAUCGAGCGGAGGAACCCAUGGGCCCUUGCAUGUUUCUCCGACGGUACUUCUUUCUACUGGACCCCGAGCGGACGCGGCGGUGCUGCCUGCUGCGCUACCGGGACCAGCCGGCAGUGUGGAAGGCCUACAUGGCGGGCCUGCAGGCGCUGACCCGCUCCAGCGCGGUGGUGGAGGUGAUAGAGAAGGGGGUCCUCCUGAGGUCCCUGAAGAGCCUACGGGAGCUCCAGCCCUGGACGUCCUCCACGGUGCUUGCCCACCUGCAGAGGCUGUACGAGAAGCAUGGGGAGGCAGCCGUACGCUCCUUCGUCCAGUUCUACCCCAAAGUCAUCCCCUCUGAUGUCAUGGCUAUGGCUCAGAAGAGCCACUUCCUUGCAUAUCUGGAUAACUUGGUCCAUUCGCAGGCUGAGGAGCAAAGACUUUCGUUUUUAGGUUCCCUUCUUCAGCCUGAGUCGCUACGGCAGGAUUGGCUUGAGCUAGCGCUAUCCCAUGAUGCCCCUCACCUAGCAGACACAGUAACCCCAGAAGGACAGCCUAGGUGGCGGUCACACCUCUUCACCUGGGGAUAUGGGCGUCUCCUUUCCCUUCUCAUUCGUCUGCCAGCUGAUUUUGCAUCUAAGCAGAAGAUGGCCGAGAUGUGUAAAACCCAUGGCUACUGGAUUGGUUACCUGACUCUGUGUUGCGAGCUGCGUCACAGACCCCAGGCAUUUGGCACCGUCUGCCGGCUGGAUGACAUGAGUCUGCUGCAGGAGAAGAGCGGACUAAUGCCUGAAACUCUAGAUGAAUGGAAACUCCUCAUCCAGCUUUCGCAGAGCUGCUGUGACACUUCAGAGCCCAAUUCCAGUUCACAAAGCACCCAGGAUGGCGGCUUAUCCAACGGCUCCUGCGACCAGAGCGGCCGCAUCACUCCCGAGAGCCUGACACUGCAGCUGGCCCGGGUGGUGGGGCCGGACCGCGCCCUGGACGUGCUGCAGAGCUGGGGGGUGCGUGUGGAUCUGGGCCCGCACUCCACCGUGGUGUGUGAGCUCCUGAGGAUCGCAGAGAAGAGACAGAGGGCCCUGAUCCGCACCAUGCUGGAGCGCUGUGACCGCUUCCUCUGGUCCCAGCAGGCCUGACCCCUCCCUCCAGAAUGGGAAAUCAGUCUGCACUAUUUCUUCCUCUUUUGGGGGGCGAUCUGAGUUUGAAACUGUCUCCUCAAGCAUGUCAAGACCAAUCCUCAAAGAAGGGCUGUCCGACGAUGGGCUACUGAACAGAGGAUGAACAAUCGUAUUUAAAUUAUGUAACUAUAAAGAAUUAUUUAAUGUUUAUUAUAGAGGUCUAUUGAACAGCUACAGUAUUAAUAUUGAGUUUCUUCAAAGGUUUUUAACCUUGAUCAGAAAGGUACACUUUACAGUAGUUAUGUUGCUCUAGUUGUCGUUUUAAAAGUCCUGCACUGUCUUGCACAUUGUUUUUAGUUUGUUUACCUGGAGUUUGGCCCAUGAGUUUUGGAGUGAAACACACGACUGCUUUGGCAGAUGCGUUCUGUUACUAAAUGUGCGUCUUAAUGUGUGUUCCUCAUUAAACCCCUUUGGUCCUUGUUAACAA